AUGUGCUCCGGAUCUCUCGCACGUACUCUGGACCCUCGAGCUCUUAACCGUUGCGGCUCUCUUCGUCCCAUGGCUAUCCAUUUCGCACCAAACGACGUAAUCAAAAUGGAGUCCGAGUUCUCAACUGAGACCCAAGCCGUCCUGCGACCAAUCACUUCAAACGACACUGGUCGCUACGAGAGGACGGGACUUUCAGAGCCGUGUAGCAUGACAAUUUCCUCUGCGAUGUUCACUCAUCGUGGGAUGCCCGAGCCUGAAUAUCUGCCCCAAGGUUGGACUGCCCAUGUUCAUCCAGAAGGUCAACUUUAUUUUUCUCGCACGGGCUCUCCCCGCGUUGUGACGGAGGCGUACAUGUACCGCAAAGACGUGCUCGAGAACGUGCUCUGCUGGACCAAGAGGAUCGAAGAUAUCGCUCUCCAGCGAAACUUUCCCCUCUCCCCGCAAAUUGAGCUCUUCCUGAAGCUCGAGGAAGAGGACUGUGCCUAUUAUUUCGUCGAUCAUUCCACUCUUGCGCAAACUUGGAUGGAGCAAAAUCUCGACACAGAAGAGCUUGGCCUACCUGCAGUCGUGUCCGUCCCGCAACUCAAGCUUCUUUGCGAGGAGCUAUACUGGACCCACGUUGAACACUUCCCGAUGCACUUUGGUGCCUUGCCGGUGGCGCUCAUUGACUCAUUAAUCUGCGUAUUUACGCAUGGCAUCUGUGAUCAAAUGACCUCCCGGGUCUCCACCUUCCCUUACUCCAAGCAGGAAUGCGAGGGAUUUGUGAGUCUUCUUAAGAGUUCUCGAGAACAUCCUGCCAACGGGAACAUAGUUUGUACUGUCGCUCGCCUGUGGAGUUUGAUCUGUCGCAACCGAUACUUGACGUUCUACGGUCAAGAAUUCUCUCGCCUCUCAAGAGACCAAGCUGUUCUUUAUGAUCCCACAACAAAGCACGAAUGGGUGUCCUCUGUCGCGUCUCGUGUCUCGUUCAAAACGACGGAUAAAUAUCUGGCUCAACUAAACGAUGUCUUCGUGGAUCAUUUGGUCUAUGCGGAGCAGUGGAAGAACCUGGUUUCCGGCUGUCUAACAGAUUGGCGCUCUGUAUCACGGGAGGCUUUCUUUACCUUGAUGCUGCACAUGUUCUUCCUCGUGACUCCAUCGUGCCUAUCGCUCGCCAUCGCUUCAACAGCCCUUCUUGGUGCUAGUAUCCUGGCUUCUGUAGUCUUACUUCACCGAUUUGAGCCCAUGCAAGACUUGUGUGCUGCUGAAGCUAUGAACUAUCUUGAUACUAUCGAAUCUCAAACAUUCAAGUUCCAAUUUGUCGCCCUUGCGUUUUCGCUACCCCGCACCUUCUAUCUUUGGGGACUUCUCGCGGUUGUUGCAAACUGCAUCAGUAUGUUUGCGUGUUUUUUUGGGCGGGGUCUGGCGGCUGCGGUGUUGGUGGGGGUGGCGGUUGUGUUCUUGCUCCUUCAGUGGACUACUUCAGAAACGUUCAAUCUGCGCCUGGCCCACAUCCGGGCUCGGUGGUCGCGCAAUGUCGAAUGUACUUCUAUGGUGUAA